AUGUCUCUAUCUACUAUCAUUGCCCAAGUCGCCUUGGCACUAAUAGCCUCUGUCUGGAUAUGGAGGAGUAUAACGCUUUAUUAUCGACGCCGCAAACUGAAGCUACUCCACGGCUGCAUGCCCGUCACCAAGAUCCCAGAUUGGGAUCCGAUUUUCGGUCUUGGAUUCACGUAUACUUUGAUCAAAAGUGAUAUCAACAACCACCGGCUGAUAAAUAACACAGUGGAACGGCUCCAAACCUACGGCUAUACUCAUAUGGCCAACGUCAUGCGACACCGAAUGUUUUUCACAUGCGAGCCAGAAAACCUCAAAGCAAUCAUGCACGGGCAGUUUGAUCACUUUGACAACGAGCUCCGUUCCGUGCCGGCGGGACACUUUAUGGGCAUGGGAAUCUUUUUAGCGGACGGCGAAAAAUGGCAACGGUCACGGGCCUUGGUACGGCCUAACUUUGCCCGAGAUCAAGUUGCGGAUCUGGGGUCGUUGGAGCGGCAUUUCCAAAUUCUCCUUUCCAUCAUUCCCAAAGACGGCUCGGCAGUCGACUUGGCACCGCUCUUCUUCGCCUUUACCAUGGAUUCAAUCACCGAUUUUCUGUUUGGGGAGUCGGUCAAGGCGCUGCAGGCGCAUGCGUCGGGCGCCCACGCCAGCAGCAGCCCCUGGAGCCAAAAAGGCAUAGAGCAGUUUGCCGAGGCUUGGGAGUAUGCCCAGAACGACAUGCUGUUCCGGUUCAUCCUGGGCCCCGCUCGCUACGUUUACCAGGACAAAAAAGCCAACCAGUGCGUCAAGAUGAUCCACGCCCACGUCGACAGGUACGUAGAACAGGCUGUCCGCUUCCGCAACGAGGAGCUUGCCCGCGGCGGCGACGAAAAGGAGCCAAAGUCGGAAGGGCGGUACAUCUUUCUCCAGGCCCUGGCCAAGCAGACGCAGGAUCGCAAGGUCUUGAGGGACGAGUUGAUGAACCUCCUCAUGGCUGGUCGCGAUACGACCGCUGCGCUUUUGAGCAACCUGUUCCAUACAUUCGCCAGGCGCCCGGAUGUUUGGGCAAAACUCAAGAACGAGGUGAUGUUUCUUGAAGGGAGACUGCCGACAUACGAGGAUAUACGCAACAUGAAGUAUGUUAGGUGGUGCAUCAACGAAUUCGGUAUACUGGGAAAGCAAGCAUCGUUCGACACCACCCUACCGCGCGGCGGCGGGCCCAACGGGAGAUCGCCCAUCUUCCUCCCCAAGGGCUCCAUCGUCCUCUACAGCAUGCUCGCGCAGCACCGCCGCAAAGACCUCUUCGGGGAGGACGCUCUCGAAUUCCGCCCAGAGAGGUGGGAAACGCUGCGACCGGGUUGGAAUUACGUCCCAUUCAACGGCGGACCGCGCAUCUGCGUGGGUCAGCAAUACGCCUUGACCGAAGCCUCGUACCUCGUGGUGCGCUUCGUGCAGACCUUUGCCACCGUCGAGAGUCGGGACCCGGAACCUUGGAGUAUCGGGAAACGGCUGCUCACCUGUCCGAUGAACGGGACUAUCGUCUCGCUCUCUCGCUGA